AUGACAGAGGAAGAACUUCCAGAUGCUGAGCUUCGGCGGGAUAGAGAGGAGGCGUCACAUGUAUGGAAGUUUCAGGCUUGGGGUGAUCUGGUGGCUCCCAGAGAAGUCCUAAAAUUAGGACCGAGAGGGCGGGAGAAGUUGGCCCUGGACAUUCAUGUCAUGAGCUUGUGGACCAUGAAGGAGGCAGACUUCUGUAGUGCGCAACAGAUUCAAAUAGGCUUCUUGAAUCCAGAGGCCUACGAGAAGUUGAAGUCAAGGUCCAAGAAACAUCAUGAGCUUGGCAGAUCUAGGUUUCGAGUAGUAUCGGCCGGUUCGAUCCCAAUGCAGCCUGCGAGCAAUGAUCUCUGCGGGUUCUAUGUCAUGCACUACAUGCGUAGCCUCAUCAAUGCUCUCUCUGGCUCACAGACUAAAGUGUCAUCUACACUGGAGCUGACCGAUUUGGAGAUAUCUGGGUUCCAAGAAGAUCUUUCUAGUUUCAUUAUAGACCAAGUCGUGAACCCCAAGGGAGUCCAUCACCUUCUCUAA